ACACACCACCACACCACCGGUGGGGGUGGUAUGGGCAGCACCAGCUGAUCUGCGGGCUGUAUUUCCCCGUCCUCACGGAAUGAGUUCCCAUCACUUAAAAGUUGGAACAGAGACACGAGGCAGGCGAUCCGCAAUCGGAAGCCACUAACAUCGAAUGGCUACGAUUCUCGUGCGGCCCACCUUUUUCCCAUCUGCAACCCUCAUUUCAAGACCAUCACUACGGCAAAUGGCCAUCAGCAGUAGCGGUAGCAGCAGCUCCUUCUCAUCCUUUCCAGAGAAGAGAAACAAGUCGCCGAUUCUACUCUUCGAUGUAAUGGACACGAUCGUCAGAGACCCUUUUUACCAAGAUAUCCCUGCCUUCUUCGGAAUGCCUUUCAAAGAACUAUUAGAGAUGAAGCACCCAACUGCAUGGCUUGAGUUUGAGGAGGGGCUGAUUGAUGAGAUGGACCUAGCUAAGAAAUUCUUUAAAGAUGGAAGACCACUCGAUGUGGAAGGUCUUAAAGAAUGCAUGAGAGAAGGAUAUUCCUAUGUAGACGGUGUUGAAGCAUUGCUACAAAGUCUGAAACGAAACAACUAUGAAAUGCAUGCUUUCACAAACUAUCCUAUAUGGUACACUCUGAUUGAAGAGAAGCUAAAAAUCUCCAAAUAUUUAUCCUGGACAUUUUGUUCUUGUAAAAUUGGAAAGCGGAAACCUGCAGUGGAUUCUUACUUGGAAGUUUUGCAUCGUCUUGGAGUUGAGCCAGCAAGUUGUAUCUUCAUUGAUGACAGGGUGGUAAAUAUCGAGGCUGCCGUAAAUGUUGGCAUGACCGGUUUACAUUUCAAAAAUGCAGCUUGUCUUCAACGCGAUCUCUCUCUCCUUGGAAUUGAGACUAGUAGCUUAUCCACGAACUGAUAUUGUCUGCUACAUUUGGUAACGUGGUCUUCAGUGUUGAUCAUUUAUUGAUUAUUGUCUCUGAAUGCAUGGCAAUUGCUAAAAAUCUCUUGACUACUAAUGCAGUCACAGUUCUCGUCUUGGGGUUGAAAGAACUGUUUAAUUGUUCAAGGGAAUAAAGAUGAUUUAGGUAGUAUAUUGGUUAAUGAAGGAUAGAAACAAGAAAGAGUAUUCUCACCUCA